AUGGCCCGCUUUCUGCUUUUUGAGCACGGUGCCUCUAGCGACUUCUUAUGCUCCUGGUCUUCUGCACAGCUGGAAUCCAUGCCAAAUAGACCCUCACACAACAGGGGCUUCUUUGUGAAGUUCGGCACCAAGUUCUCUUUCCGCGUGGAAUCGCCCGGGGAUGGAGAUGGAAUGCGCGCUUCAAACAGGGAGAUGAUCAAGCGAGCCUCGUGGCUGCAACAAGCGUGUCGGACCCGAGAUUGCCCUGGCAAUUUCGUCUCAGCUGUUGGAAAGGAGGAGACCGACAUGCUUGAUUGUGAUUGGCAAGAAGACUCAAUGAACUUCUUGUUUAGCUUCUCGGCUGGCUCAAUCGUGGGCAUGUGCAUGCCCGCUGUGGACCUGAAAGCGACGUCACUCAACACUUUCGCAGCAGGGGUUGUGGCGGAAUCCUUCCCCGUGCACAUAGGUGCAGACUACACAGACACCCUGAUGAUUCUAGCCAGCGGGGUUCGGCAGAGCCUUCAGAAAGAGGCCACUGUCGUACAAGUACCGCAGCCUUGCCGGGUCUUUGGCCUGAUGCUCAGAUUGAUUGAUCACUCAGACCGACUCCUGAUCUUUCCUGGUGAUGUACAUGGUCAGCUUCGUGAUCUGCUGCUGCUGUUCCACGCGUUUGGAGUCCCGGGCCGUGCUGGCCAUGAUCGCCACUACGUCUUCAAUGGGGACUUCGUGGAUCGUGGAGCUCACCAGCUGGAGGUUGUUGGGGUACUCUUCGCCCUCAAGCUCACCUUCCCCUCGCAUGUGUGGCUUGUGCGGGGCAACCAUGAAGACACGCUCAUGAAUCGCAAGUAUGGCUUCGAGGAGGAAUGCCUGGAAACUUUGGGAACUGCGAACGGCGCCAAGACUUUCGAACUCUUCCAAAAGGCCUUCGAGUGGUUGCCGCUAGCUUGCCUCAUCGAUGACCAGAUCUUGACAGUCCACGGUGGAAUUGGCGACGGCAAAUGGACAAUCGCAGAGCUGUCUUGCGUCCCCCGCCCUCUUAAUUCGGAGGAUUUCCACACACCUGAGAAAAGAUGGCUUUACAAUAUCCUAUGGUCGGAUCCCAUCCCAGAGGAUGGGGAUAUUGAGGCAACGACCGUGUUCGGAGUUCACAGCUCCCCGCGCAAUGCAUCUGCAGUUAAAUUUGGUUGGAACGUCACAAAGACAUUCUGUGCUCUUAACGGAAUUGGUUUGGUGAUUCGUAGCCAUCAAUGCCUCGAGCGGGGUCGCGGAUUCGAAGUGAUGCAUGAGGACAAACUGAUGCGAGUUUUCUCAGCUCGCGAUUAUGAGGAUCAUCACAACGAUGCUGCUGUGCUGUCCAUUCAGCGCAGCGGCAACAGCGAGGAUUCCAGAGCACCAUUGGUGGUGCGUGCGCAGGAGGCCGCGCAGACAGCAGCUGGACUGAGGACCCUAACCCAGACGUUAGACAGCAACAUCGGCUACGCAGAGGUGUGCGCGCUGAGCCAUGGCUGUCGUCUUCUUGAAGGUCCUUCCGAUGCACCCCGGGCCGCGGGUUAUGUGGCGCCUGGUGCAUCCACGCAUGCGCCGCCCAGCACUGCAGGCAGUGUGGACGCUGCGUUGGUGCGACGAAGCUGGCUUGGUUCCCGUCUGCCGGGCCUGCCAUCCGCACUUGAGGUUGGAUCCGAACGACCUGAGCAUUGUCGGUUCAAAGUUCAGUUUUUGCUCAGUGCUGUCUGGAACGCAUCAGCAGCUUCAGCUGAUUCCGUGUGCUUGGAUGUGAAUGGGCUUCUGCGAGACCAGCUUCCGUAG